AUGGGCGGGGCUGGCGCGACGGUCACCUUCCCGCGCGGGCGCAUGCGCGGUGCUCUCCCACCGCCUUCCCCCCCACCUCCCCUCAGAGCCCGCGCAGGCGCAGUGGGAGCCACCGGCGUGUGGGGGAAAAGAAGCCCCGGGGCGGCCGCUCCGAAGCUCCCGCCAUGUACCGGCACGUCCCCGCCGCCGCCGCCGCCGUCCGCCUGCGCCCCGCGGGCUCCCACCGCGCUUGGGGACCCCCCAGGACCGGCGCGGAACCGCCCCGGCGACGGUACCGGGCGCGGCCGCAGGACCUGUCAGCCCCCCGGCCCCCCCUGCCCUCGCUGCUGCCCCUCCCGGCCCGCGCCCCCCCCCCCGCGGGGGCUGGAGGGGUUGGGGGGGCCAGUGACCACCGUGGAAGGACUGAGGGGCCCGGUGACCACCGUGGAGGGGUUGGGGGGCCCGGUGACCACCGUGGAGGGGUUGGGGGGCCCGGUGACCACGGUGGACGGGCGGCGGGAGGACGACAUCGCCGUCAGGGACCCCCCCCGGCUGCUGCUGAGACCCCCCGGGGGGGCCCUGCUGGCCCAGGGACCCCCCAAAGCCCCCGGAGCGACCCCCACCCCCCCCUCCAUGGAGGAGCAUCUGGCCCUGAUGCACGAGAAGCUGCGGCACGAGCUCCCGAAUUUCUUCCUGAAAAUCCCGGAUUACGGGUUGUACUCCCAGGACGUGGAGUUCAUCAACCACCUGCUGCACCUGCACACCAGGGGCCGUCCCAUGUACCAGGUGGCCGUGGCCCUGUGCAGGGCCCUGGCCUGGGGGUACUUUGCCAGCCUGAGGCUGGAGGUGCUGGCGCUGACCCGGCACCCCGAGGACUGGAGCGUCCGCGCCCGCUGGAGGCUCACGGGGGUGCCCCUGCACCUGCUGCUGCUGCGCUUCUACCGCAGGGACAAGAGGCAGCUGCUCAGGUCCUACGACGCCUUCUCCACCUUCUUCCUCAACUCGCAGGGGCUCAUCCGCUGCCACCGCGUCGACAAGCUCAUGCCAGCCCCCACGGCCGUGCCCGAGGCCAAGAAGCUGCUGGUGGCGGCCGCCGUGGCCGUGGUGGCCGUGGCCGACCCCGCGCCCGCCCUGCGGCUGCUGCUGCGGCCCGAGGCCACCUCGGGGGACACCUGAGCCCCCCGGAGUGUCCCCUGUGUCUCCCCCGUGUCCCCUCUGUGUGUCCCCCUCCGUGUCACCCCCACCCUUAACUUAAUGUACAGAAUAAACUCGGACGGAGCCGCC